AUGAAGUCCUUCACCACCCUCACCGCUGCGGCCGACACCUUGCUCGCGGGCAGCAGCGGCCUGGCCGCCGCCUUCGACGACUUCUGGAUCUUCCACAAGGACGCCAGUGUCAGCCACGGCGGGGGCAACGUCUUCAACUUUGUCCGGCAGAUCGACUGCCACGAGCUGUGGGAGGCCGGCGAAUUCCCGCCCAGGGACGACGUCAGCGGCGGAAAAUUCGGCGUGCGCUUCGUCGGCAGCGAGAGCGACCCGCAGGUCAUCGAGAUGAACACCGUCGGUGUCGACCUGGGCCAUUAUACUUGGUACAAGGACCGAGGCAAUGCGCUCGUCGACCUCAACGACAAUGUUCUCGGCCAUUGUGACGUUGUCCCAAUCGACCUCAGCUGCGAUGGAGACGACAAGUGGGUUGGCCACUCGAUUCUGUUCUGCCAUUCUUGA